AUGCAAAAAAAUAAAGAAUCUAGCCUCGAAGAUGGUGAUUUUUCUGUAACAACUCUCACAGACAACGCUCUAAGAGAUAUAGUUGAGAAGGUAAAACUUCCAGAAGCCAAAACCACUAAAUAUGUGCUAUAAGUUGUCGAAUCAAAAGUUUUUACUGAAGAAGAAAAGAAAAAGAGUGUCAAACAAAGAGUUUUGAUCUUUAAAGAUUUCCCAGAGCUCAUCUACACUGGCUUGAAAAAGAAGAUUGGCAAUCCUACUGAGCUCGAAAAAAAUCUGAAAACUCCUGAAGUUUUUGACAACAGCAGCAUUAAUAUCUUGGUGCCUGUUGAAGAGACUGCAUAAUACUAGUUGAAUAUGGCUAAUAGUGCUUAAAAGUCGACAGUGUCUACAAAUAAUGCAAGCAGUAAUUAAAAUUCUGCUCAGAAAUUAGAAUCACCUGUUUCUAUCUCAAAGGCUCAGGAGUACAAGUCCAAAGCUCGUGAGAUGCUUAUGAACGAUAUCUAAUACACUCCAAUCAAGUCAUUGAAUGCCUUCUUGUUCGACUGGAAAAUUAAGGCCAGAGUUACAAAGAAGCAAUAAAUCAGAACAUGGAAAAAUGCUAAUUCUACAGGUCAUGUGAUGAACGCCGAGCUGAUUGAUAACUAAGGAACUCAAAUUUUAGCAACAUUUUACAACGACAUAGCUCUUAAAUAUGAUGAUAUCCUUAAAGAAGAUAAAGUGUACCUCUGGUCAAAUGGAAACGUCAAAAUUGCUAACAAAAAGUAUACUAGCAUUAAGAACGAUUAUUGCAUUGUUUUCGAUAAAAAUUCUGAAAUAGAAGAGAUUGAUGACGAUAAGUAAAUUUAGUAAUAAGGCUUUAAUUUCGUGACAAUUGAUGAGAUUAAUGAUUAUGAACAAAGUAGAACCGUUGAUACAAUUGGUGUUGUUACAAAUGUUGGAUAGAUUUCAAAUUUUGUUCCUAAGAAUGGAGGUGCUUCUAAGGACAAGAGAAGCAUUUAAAUUGCUGAUGAGAGUGGUUUAGCAAUUCAAGUCACUAUUUGGGGCAAAAAUGCUUCCUCUUUGAAUUUCUAAGAAGGUCACAUUCUCGCUGUGAGAGGAGCUAAAGUAAGUGAUUAUGCUGGCAAGACUCUGAAUAUUGGUGACGAUCACUGUUCACUCUAUCUUGAUAUCGAUCAUCUGAGAACAAGAGAAUUAAAGCAAUGGAAUAAAUAAAGAAAUCCAGACAACAUUAACUCUGUUAGCACAUCCAUCAUUAAUGGAAAUCAAAAUUAAAAUUCUGAGAGAGCAGACAACUUUAGACUUAUCUCUGAAGUAGUUAGAAAUGUUGCAGAUGAGGGUGUCAAUAUUCAACCACAGUGGAAUCAAGGUUACUCUCAGCCUAAAGCUAAAUUCUUCAAAAUUACAGGCUUUGUAAGCUAUCUAAAGCAUGAUGACAAAUUCUUCUAUUUAAGUUGUCCAGAUUGCAGAAGGAAGGUCUCUGAGGAGCUUGAAGGUUUCAGAUGCGAUUAUUGCAAUAAAUCAUUUAUUCAAUCAAACCCUACUUAUAUUAUGACUGCAAAAGUUUCAGAUCCAACAGGAGAUAUGUAUAUUCAAUUUGCUAGAGAGUUAGGUGAUCCAAUCAUGAAUGGUCUUACAGCUUCAGACUUCAAGGAUGUCAAGGAACAGCUCUCAAACCCAGAGGAAAUGAAAUUAUUCUUCGCCUAGGAAUGUCUUUACAAAGUAAUUUAUAGAUCCUUUUAAUAUUUAUAGACUCAUUCUGUUGUUAUUAAGGCAUAGAACGAUCAGUAUAGGGCAGGAAAUAACGGAGAUGAUAGAAUUAAAUACACUGCAGUAAAAGUUUUGCCAUAAAAUUUCACUGAAGACAAUCAAAUGCUGUUAAAGAGGCUCAGAAUAUAUGAGAAAAUGAAUGGAAUGUAAGAAUGA